UGUUUACGUAUGAAGUUGAAAUUUGUUGAUUGUGAAAAUGUAAUGAAUAUUCCGUUUGUUCACUAAAGUAAAACAAGAGAAGAACUUCUUCUUUCAUUGAUUUUACUCAAUCAUGUCAUGGUUGAGUGAUUUGGCAGGGAAGGCUGAGUCUCUCCUUGAAAAAGUUGACAAUACAGCAGCAACAGCUCUACAAAGAGAUGAAAAAGCUGAGCAAAAGGAUGURAACACAAGAGAAGAACCUGAACAAAGCCAUGAUGAGAUUGGCUAUGAACCUAGAAUAUCAAGAACUGCUAGUGAAGGCAGUUUACUGAGACCAGGUCCCACAGCACCUAUCAAGGCAAGACCCCCAUCAACUUCUAGACCGCAUUCAAAGCAAUCAAGAAAAGAUAGCAAAGAUGAUGACCAGCAGCUAUUUGAGUUUCUGAACAGUAAUGUUCCCACUUCAAAACCAAAGAGGUCUAACACUCCAAGCCCUAGUCUGACAAGAAAGACACCUGAGCCAUUAUCCAGUAUUGUGGCCGAUAGGAUUGAUGGCAAGAAAACACAAGUAGAGACAACAGAGGACCCCAAGGAUAAAACAGAUGAAGAUAAAGGUCCACAUCUCAGUUUAGACUUAGCAUCCAACAAAGAACCAGUGGUACAGACAAUCAACCAUGAGUCGCCCAGUCAGCCAGCCCCAGCUGUCAAUCACCCAGAACAGGACCGGAAUUCAAAUCUUGAGCUUGAGAAUAAGUUAUUGAGAAAAGAAGUGGCAUCUCUGAAUGAAGAAAUGGUUUAUCAGUUACAAAGGGCCAAAGAUGCAGAAAAAAGUAAGAAAACACUUAAAAAAUAUGUAUGUGAGAUGAAAGGACAGCACUACAGUACUUACCUGCUUAUAAGAACCUGCAAUUUAAGAACCUGUUAGUCUAAAACUAUCAAUUUAGACCCCAUUUACAGAAGAACCUACUUAAAGCCUAAAAUUUGAAACAGGUUCUUAAUGUAGAAAGGUUCACCCUAAAAUUUAAGUAAUGUAUAAAGAACGAAAGAGCGUGUUUUAUCGGCUGAUAAUGAUUCGAGCCGAAGGCGAGAAUCUUUAGCGCCGAUAAAACACGCUCUUGAGUUCUUUAUACAACUUAUCAAACUCCUAGUAUAAUUCAUAUGUAAAAUAUCUUAUAAAAAAGAUAUUUCUGAGAGGUUUUCUCGUUUUAAGUAAAGUAACUGUACACUUUUGCAGAAAACUGGGUUUAAUUAUAAGUAUCUUGUUAUCGAAUAAUAGUGAAACAAUGUUUCUUU